AUGCCGCGACAUGAAAAACUGAUUGCCAAAGCAAGUGAUGUGAGUAUUGAAGUGGAUAAUGAGGAAAGUAUUGAUGAGGAACAGGAUGAAGAAACAGACAACGAUGACUCGGAUGUGGAAUCAGAGGACAUCAAGAAAACAGCACCAAGGAAUAGAAAGGAAAAUGGAAAGAAAAAGACUAAACAUGAAUCUGAAGACGAAUCUGAUUCAUCGGAAGAUGAGAAAAAAGCAAAAAGUAGAAAGAAGAAUAUGAAAAGUAAGAACAAAGUUACAGAGGAAAGCAAUGACGAUGAAUCAGAGAAAGAAACAAAUAAAAACAGGAAGGAUGGAAGAAAUAUAAAAUCUAAGAAGAAAUAUUCUGAUGAUAAUAGUAACGGUGAUGAGGCAGCGAACAAGAGAAGGAAAGAAAAAAGGGGUAAAAAGCAAGCGGACAGCGACAGUGAAGAGGAGGAUAACAGGGCCAAGGACAAGAAGAAGGCUAAGAAUGCCAAAGCAAAAGGUGGCAAGACCAGAGGCAAGCAAAAGAAAGUUGAAGAGAAAGGAGUUUCAAGAACAAAGAACAAAGGACAACACAGCACAGGUAGCUCUGAAGAAAAAUCAGAUGAAGAAGAAGUCAUUACAGAAGAAGAUAUGGAUAAACUGAAGGAAGAAGUGGAAGAAAAGAAGAAACUCAUUGCAACUUUAAGAAACAAGCCCUCACCCAUGAAGCAGAAAUUACAACUACUAAAAGAAGCACAGGAAUUUGUGGAGAAAUUUGAAGGUGCACUUGGGAAAGGGAAAGGCAAAAGAUUUUAUGUCUAUAAAGUAAUGAUGACAAAAAAAUGGAUGAAAUUCCAACGUGACUUUGAGAACUUCAAAACUGCUUGCAUUCCAUGGGAAAUGAAAAUAAAAGAAAUUGAAAGUCAUUUUGGAUCUUCUGUUGCUUCAUAUUUCAUAUUCUUGAGAUGGAUCUAUGGGAUCAAUAUGGUUCUCUUUGGAUUAACAUUUGGUUUGGUCAUGAUCCCAGAGGCUCUAAUGGGAAAGCCCUAUGGUAGCAUCCCUAGAAAAACUGUUCCAAAGAAUGAACAGCACUCGGCCAUGAACUUUGCCACUUUGUGGGAUUUUGGGGGCUAUGCACAAUAUUCCGUCCUUUUCUACGGUUACUAUAAUCAUCAGAGGUCAAUUGGGUGGCUGAAGUACCGGCUUCCCUUGAGUUACUUCCUGGUGGGAAUUGGUAUAAUAGGAUACAGCUUCAUGGUGGUGAUAAGAACAAUGGCAAGUAAUGCGAAUGAGGAGGGCGGAGGAGAUGACACAAGCUUUAACUUCAGUUGGAAGUUGUUUACAAGCUGGGACUACUUGAUAGGCAAUGCAGAAACUGCAGAUAACAAAUUUGCUUCCAUCACCACCAGCUUUAAGGAAUCCAUUCUUGAAGAACAAGAGAAUCGGAAAGAAGGAAACAUCCAUUUAACUAGGUUCUUACGGGUUCUUGCCAAUUUCUUGGUGCUCCUCACUUUGGCUGGAAGUGGCUACUUGAUUUUCUAUGUCGUCAGAAGGUCUCAGAAGUUUGCACAGCAAGGACUGGAAGACUACGGAUGGUGGGAAAGAAAUGAAGUAAAUAUGGUAAUGUCACUGCUGGGUAUGUUCUGUCCAAUGUUAUUUGACAUCAUCAGUCCUUUAGAAAAUUACCACCCACGGAUUGCACUCCAAUGGCAACUGGGACGCAUUUUUGCUUUGUUUCUUGGUAAUCUCUACACAUUUAUUAUUGCUUUGUUGGAUGAAAUUAAUCUCAAGCUGGAAGAAGAGAAGAUUAUUCGAUACAAUAUCACAAUCUGGGAAAACAGUCUUUACAAUGGAACAUGGUUAGGGAACUCAUCAACACGUCCUCCAUUAGACGUAGAUCCUGCAAUUGUACCUAGAGGACCUUGUUGGGAGACGAUGGUGGGACAGGAGUUUGUGCGACUCACCGUUUCAGAUACUUUGACUACCGUCAUAACUAUACUGGUCGGGGAUUUUUUUCGUGCUGUAUUUGUCAGAUUCAUCAACUAUUGCUGGUGCUGGGAUCUCGAGUACGGAUUUCCCUCCUAUGGAGAAUUUGACAUUAGCGGGAACGUUUUGGGUUUGAUCUUCAAUCAAGGCAUGAUAUGGAUGGGUGCCUUUUACGCUCCAUGCCUUCCAGCUAUCAACGUUUUACGUCUCCUGGCUUCCAUGUACUUACAGUGUUGGGCUGUUAUGUGUACCAAUGUUCCACAUGAGCGAGUGUUUAAGGCAUCAAGAUCCAAUAACUUCUAUAUGGCUAUGCUGCUGAUUAUCUUGUUCCUGUCAACACUGCCUGCGGUUUACACAAUUGUUUCGAUACCACCAUCUUUUGAUUGUGGACCAUUUAGUGGGAAAUAUAGAAUGUUUGAUGUUAUUCAAGAAACAUUGGACAAUGAUUUUCCAGCCUGGUUUGCAAAAGUUUUCAGUGCAGCAACCAAUCCUGGUUUGAUUCUUUCUUUCAUUUUACUCAUGGUUUUGGCUAUAUAUUAUCUUCAGACAACUUCUAAAUCAUACAAGGCUGCAAACCUGGAACUAAAGAAGAAAUUACAAAAUCAAAGUGAAGAAAACAAAAAGAAGAGCAAAAAGAAUGCUGAUGCUGCAGCAAAUCAAAUGGAACAAAUGCAAAAUUCAAUGAAAAAUGAUACCACGCGUGCAACUGUUGGUCAGGUGGACAAUAUACGAAAUGCCAUUCAUUCUUCUAACCAGCCUUCAAAUCCUAGUGCUUGUCUACCCAGUGACAGGGGAAUGAGACUUGUUGCUCCACCGCGGGUCGCUGUUACUCGACCACCAAGGCCAAGAAACCCUGGACAGUUGCCAGGCCAACCACGGUAUCCUGGACCACAGCAAUAUUAUGGAGCUCGACCACGGAUGCCCAGAGGUGGCGCAGCUUAUAGAUGA